AUGUCAGAACUGUGGGGCACCCUGGGUUUUCUAAGCAUGCAGGUGGACAGCUCCUUUUUUUCCUGGUGGAAUUGGGAAAGAGUCAUGAAUCAAACUGAUGCUCAUCGCCCACUAAACUGGACCAUUAGGAAGCUGUGCCAUGCCGCUUUUCUCCCAUCUGUCAGGCUUCUUAAGGCUCAGAAGUCCUGGAUAGAAAGAGCAUUUUAUAAGCGAGAAUGUGUUCACAUCAUACCCAGCACCAAAGACCCCCAUAGGUGUUGCUGUGGGCGUCUGAUAGGCCAGCAUGUCGGACUCACACCAAGUAUCUCUGUUAUUCAGAAUGAGAAAAAUGAAAGCCGACUCUCUCGAAAUGACAUCCAGUCUGAGAAAUGGUCCAUCAGCAAGCACACCCAGCUCAGCCCAACAGAUGCUUUUGGGACAAUUGAGUUCCAAGGAGGAGGCCACUCCAAUAAGGCCAUGUAUGUGCGGGUGUCCUUUGACACAAAACCUGAUCUCCUUCUACACCUGAUGACCAAGGAAUGGCAGCUUGAGCUCCCCAAACUCCUCAUCUCUGUUCAUGGAGGCCUCCAGAACUUUGAACUCCAGCCAAAACUCAAGCAAGUCUUUGGAAAAGGUCUCAUCAAGGCAGCCAUGACCACUGGAGCAUGGAUUUUCACAGGAGGGGUUAACACAGGAGUUAUUCGGCACGUUGGAGAUGCUUUAAAGGAUCAUGCAUCAAAAUCUCGAGGGAAGAUAUGUACCAUAGGUAUUGCUCCCUGGGGAAUUGUAGAAAACCAGGAGGACCUGAUUGGUAAAGAUGUGGUCCGGCCAUACCAAACCAUGUCCAAUCCCAUGAGUAAACUCACAGUUCUUAAUAGUAUGCAUUCCCAUUUCAUUUUGGCUGAUAAUGGGACUACAGGAAAAUAUGGAGCAGAGGUGAAACUGCGGAGGCAGCUGGAAAAGCAUAUUUCACUUCAGAAGAUAAACACAAGAAUCGGCCAAGGAGUUCCUGUCGUGGCCCUCAUCGUGGAAGGAGGACCAAAUGUAAUCUCCAUUGUUUUGGAGUAUCUUCGAGACACUCCUCCAGUUCCUGUUGUCGUAUGUGAUGGGAGUGGACGGGCAUCUGACAUCCUGGCAUUUGGGCAUAAAUAUUCAGAAGAAGGCGGCCUCAUUAACGAAUCUUUGAGGGACCAAUUGCUAGUUACCAUCCAGAAAACGUUCACCUAUACUCGAACUCAAGCUCAGCAUCUUUUCAUAAUACUGAUGGAGUGCAUGAAGAAGAAGGAAUUGAUUACCGUAUUUCGAAUGGGAUCAGAAGGGCAUCAGGACAUUGAUUUAGCAAUCCUGACAGCUUUACUCAAAGGAGCUAACGCCUCAGCCCCAGACCAACUGAGCUUAGCAUUAGCCUGGAACAGAGUAGACAUCGCUAGAAGCCAGAUCUUUAUUUAUGGGCAACAGUGGCCGGUGGGGUCCCUGGAGCAAGCAAUGCUGGAUGCCCUAGUGCUGGACAGAGUGGAUUUUGUGAAAUUGCUCAUAGAGAAUGGAGUAAGCAUGCAUCGUUUUCUCACCAUCUCCAGACUAGAGGAAUUGUACAAUACGAGACAUGGACCAUCCAAUACGUUGUACCAUUUGGUCAGGGAUGUCAAAAAGCGAGAAUAUCCAGGUUUCGGUUGGAUCUAUUUUAAGGGGAACCUGCCACCAGAUUACCGGAUAAGUUUAAUCGACAUCGGCCUUGUGAUUGAAUACCUGAUGGGAGGAGCUUAUCGCUGCAACUAUACUCGAAAACGGUUCCGGACUCUCUACCAUAAUCUGUUUGGACCCAAGAGGCCUAAAGCCUUGAAACUUCUAGGAAUGGAGGAUGAUGUUCCCUUAAGAAGAGGAAGAAAGACCACCAAAAAGAGAGAAGAAGAGGUUGACAUUGAUUUGGAUGACCCUGAGAUCAACCACUUCCCUUUCCCUUUCCAUGAGCUCAUGGUAUGGGCUGUCCUGAUGAAGCGGCAAAAGAUGGCCUUAUUCUUCUGGCAGCAUGGGGAAGAGGCCAUGGCCAAAGCACUGGUAGCCUGUAAGCUGUGCAAAGCUAUGGCUCAUGAGGCAUCAGAAAAUGACAUGGUGGAUGACAUCUCCCAGGAGCUGAACCACAACUCCAGGGACUUCGGACAGUUGGCUGUGGAGCUGUUGGACCAGUCCUACAAGCAGGAUGAACAGCUGGCAAUGAAAUUGCUGACCUACGAGCUGAAGAACUGGAGUAAUGCCACAUGCCUGCAGCUUGCGGUAGCUGCCAAGCACCGAGACUUCAUUGCUCACACCUGCAGCCAGAUGCUGCUGACGGAUAUGUGGAUGGGCCGGCUCCGGAUGAGAAAGAAUUCAGGUCUCAAGGUAAUUCUAGGAAUUCUACUUCCUCCUUCAAUUCUCAGCUUGGAGUUCAAGAACAAAGAUGAUAUGCCUUACAUGUCUCAGGCCCAUGAGAUCCACCUUCAAGAGAAGGAGCCUGAGGAACCCGAGAGGGCUGUGAAGGAAAAAGAUGAAGAGGACAUGGAGCUAACAGCAAUGCUGGGUCGAAGCAACGGGGAAUCAUCAAGGAAGAAGGAUGAAGAAGAAGUUCAGAGCAGGCAGAGAUUAAUCCCCCUUGGAAGAAAAAUAUAUGAAUUCUACAAUGCACCUAUUGUGAAGUUUUGGUUCUACACCCUGGCAUACAUUGGGUACCUGAUGCUCUUCAACUACAUAGUGUUAGUGAAGAUGGAACGCUGGCCUUCCACCCAGGAAUGGAUAGUCAUUUCCUAUAUAUUCACAUUGGGAAUAGAGAAGAUGAGAGAGAUUUUGAUGUCAGAGCCUGGAAAGCUAUUACAAAAGGUGAAAGUAUGGCUUCAAGAGUACUGGAACGUCACAGACCUCAUAGCCAUCCUCCUGUUUUCUGUUGGGAUGAUCCUUCGUCUACAAGAUCAGCCAUUCAGAAGCGAUGGGAGGGUCAUAUACUGUGUUAAUAUCAUUUACUGGUACAUCCGCUUGUUAGACAUUUUCGGCGUGAACAAAUACUUGGGCCCUUACGUUAUGAUGAUUGGGAAAAUGAUGAUAGACAUGAUGUACUUUGUCAUCAUUAUGCUGGUGGUAUUGAUGAGUUUUGGGGUGGCUAGGCAAGCCAUCCUCUUCCCCAAUGAGGAGCCUUCGUGGAAGCUGGCCAAGAAUAUUUUCUACAUGCCCUACUGGAUGAUUUAUGGGGAAGUGUUUGCAGACCAGAUAGACCCUCCCUGUGGACAAAACGAAACCCGAGAGGAUGGCAAAAUAAUCCAGUUGCCUCCCUGCAAAACAGGAGCCUGGAUUGUGCCAGCCAUCAUGGCCUGUUACCUCUUAGUGGCAAAUAUCCUGCUGGUCAACCUUCUUAUUGCUGUCUUUAACAACACAUUUUUCGAAGUUAAAUCUAUAUCCAAUCAAGUAUGGAAGUUUCAGAGGUAUCAGCUGAUCAUGACAUUUCAUGAAAGACCCGUCCUGCCACCACCCCUAAUUAUUUUCAGCCACAUGACCAUGAUAUUCCAGCAUCUUUGCUGUCGAUGGCGGAAACAUGAGAGUGACCCAGAUGAAAGAGACUACGGUUUAAAACUUUUCAUAACAGAUGAUGAGCUCAAGAAAGUCCAUGACUUUGAGGAGCAGUGCAUAGAGGAAUAUUUUAGAGAAAAGGAUGACAGAUUUAAUUCUUCUAAUGAUGAAAGGAUACGAGUGACAUCAGAAAGGGUGGAGAACAUGUCCAUGCGCCUCGAGGAAGUGAAUGAGCGAGAACACUGCAUGAAGGCAUCCCUCCAAACAGUAGAUAUCCGGCUCGCUCAGCUGGAGGACAUGAUAGGACGCAUGGCCACGGCGCUGGAGCGGCUUACUGGUCUGGAAAGGGCAGAGUCCAAUAAGAUUCGCUCCCGGACCUCCUCCGACUGUACAGACGCUGCCUACAUUGUUCGCCAGAGCAGCUUCAACAGCCAGGAAGGGAACACCUACAAGCUCCAAGAAAGUCUCGACCCUGCAGGUGAGGAGUCAAUGUCCCCAACCUCUCCAACCUUAAUGCCCCGUAUGCGAAGUCAUUCUUUCUAUUCCAUGAAUAUAAAAGACAAAAGUGGUAUAGAAAAGUUGGAAAGUAUUUUUAAAGAAAGGUCCCUGAGUCUACACCGAGCCACUAGCUCCCACUCAAUAUCAAAAGAAACCAAGGCUGCUCCAGCCCCUGUAAGUACUUUGGCAAUCAUCCCCGAUUCCAGAAGACCAUCAUCUUGUAUUGACAUCUAUGUCUCCGCCAUGGAUGAACUCCACUGUGACAUAGACCCUCUGGACAAUUCCAUGAAUAUCUUGGGGCUAGGAGAGACAAUCUUUCCAGCUCCAGCAGCAUCCACUGCCCCUUCAAGUAGUGCCUAUGCAACUCUCGCACCUACAGACAGACCUCCAAGCCGGAGCAUGGAUUUUGAGGAUAUCACUUCAAUGGACACAAGGUCUUUUUCUUCAGACUACACCCACCUCCCAGAGUGCCCAAACCCCUGGGAUGUGGACCCACCCUUGUAUCACACAAUAGAGCGAUCAAAAAGUAGCCGCUACCUGGCUACCACCCCUUUUCUUCUUGAGGAGGCCCCGAUUGUGAAAUCCCAUAGCUUUAUGUUCUCAUCUCCUCGGAGCUACUAUACCAACUUUGGGGUUCCCGUCAAAACAGCAGAAUACACAAGCAUUACAGACUGCAUAGACACCAGGUGUGUGAAUGCUCCUCAGGCAAUAGCUGACAGGGUGAUCUUCCCUGGAGGCCUUGGAGACAAAGUGGAAGACUUGGCCAGCAGCCAUCCAGAGAGAGAAGCAGAACUGAGUCAUCCCAGCUCUGACAAUGAAGAAAAUGAAGCCAAAGACCGGAAGACACUAGCAUUACCCACCCAAGAGGGCAGUAACUCAGACAGAACCCUGUCCAACAACAUAGCCCUCCCGAAAAUCGAGAGAGCCAACAGCUACUCUGCGGAAGAGCCCAGCACACUCUACCCACACACCAGGAAAAGUUUCUCCAUCAGUGAUAAACUCGACAGACAACGCAACACAACCAGUAACACAGCCAGCCUCCGGCACCCCUUCCAGAGGAGUAAGUCCUCCAGGCCAGAAAGUAGAGGGGACAGCCUGUCCAUGAGGAGACUGUCUAGAACUGCUGCUUUCCACAGCUUUGAAAGCAAGCACAGUUAA